AUGAAGGAUACUACACAUGAUCAUCUCUUCCGCUACACCAGUGGUCGAUGGCUUUGGGAUGAAGAGCAGCAGCUCCAAGAAAGGUAUAGGGCUUUCAAUGUUGUUGAGCUUCAGCGCUUGGCUGCCGAAGUCGUUGGCUCGACCGGAUGUGCCUCGAUAACGAAAUUAGCUGAGGGAGGAUACAACAAGGUCUUCCGCUUGACCAUGAAUGAUGGGAAGCAAGUCCUUGCUCGAAUUCCAAACCCAAACGCCGGGCCCCAAUUUUACACGACUGCUUCCGAAGUUGCUACCAUGACUCUUUUAUGCAAGUGUCGAGACUUCCUCCAGAUACCGACUCCUCGAAUUUUGGCAUGGAGCGCCACGUCAAGUAACCCUGUCGGCUCGGAAUACAUCAUCAUGGAAGAGGCAAGAGGAUCGCAGCUUGCGGAGGUUUGGGACGAAUUGAGCCCGGUUUCCAAGCUUGCCAUAAUGCGAGAAAUUGUGGCUGUUGAGUCAAAGUUGCUGUCAAUUUCGUUUUCACACUACGGCAGUAUAUAUUUCGCACACGAUGCGGUUGAAGGUGCUGUCCCAGCUACCCUCACGAAUGGCGCACUUGCAGAAAUCCGCGACAAGAUUCGUGAUAAAUACUGCAUUGGGCCAACUGCAGAGAAGGAAUUCUGGAAGAAGGAGCGCUCGUCUAUGGAGAUAUCAAGAGGACCUUGGCAAUCCCCCCAGGAGUAUGUGACGUGUGUCGGCAGGCGGGAAAAAGAGUGGAUUACUAGUCAUGCCAUUCCGAAGCCUUCAAGUAUACCUGGACUGGCAAUUACCGCCCAGAACGACCCCCAAGCACAUUUGCACCUGUUGGAUCGUUAUUUGGAAGUGGCGCCUUCCCUAGUCGACCUGGAAGAUGCUCUAACACGCCCAACAUUAUGGCAUGGAGACCUUCACUCAUCUAACGUGUUUGUGGAAGGCAGCCAUAUAACGGCUAUCAUUGACUGGCAAGGCGCAUGGGCUGGUCCGCUUUUUCUACAAGCUCAGCCUUCUCCAAUUCUGGAUUAUCGAGGAGAAAUCAUUCUCAAGCGUCCAGACAACUUUGACGAUUUGAGUUCCGAUGAACAAGCUGAGAUCAAACGAACCAUCUCGAAAUCCACACUCUUUCAGCUUUAUUUGCUGGAGACCGAACAACGCAAUCCUCUUCUUGCACGAGCAUUCCAUCUAGAUCAUGGGAAGACACGGCGUCUGCCAGUGGCACUGUCGGGUAAUACCUGGGAUGACGACAUCGUCUCUUUCCGUGGGUCGCUUAUCGAUGUUGAAAGGUAUUGGCACGAGCUCGGCAUGCAUGGAGAAUGUCCGUACCAUUUCACCCAGGAUGAGCUUCUUGGACAUCCAGCCGAUGCCGAGAAUUGGAACGCCGCUCAGGACUUUUUCGAUAGCAUCGAAGGCUUGAUACAGAGGGAUGGAUGGACGAGCCAUGAAGCGUACGAGGAUGCGCUGAAGUACUUCUCGGAGCUCCGUCAGCGCGGACUUGAUCAGAUGAACGGCGAAGAACGUGCCAGCUUUGAACGGCAAACGCGUUGGGUCGAAGACAAAGGUCGAGCACGGACUUGA